UUUCCUUGUUUUCUUUUUAUUUAUAUGGCUAAAGAACCUUUUACUGAUGGUUUUAAUUUCCUUUGCAAGGUCUAACUCUGCUUGGCUUUUGUCAGGUCUCACUUUUUCCCCUACACUUGCUGACUUCCAAGAGGUAGCUUUCCUUGCUGAUCCAUUCCUUGUAGGUUUUCUGUUAUCUUUUAAUAACAUGUUUGAGAUGCUUGUUCAUCUAGUUUGGUCUGCAAUCCUUCCCUAUGAAUUUUUUUCCUAUUGUUUGGGAUGCAGACUUUAGAUAGUUUCUGCAACUUUGAUUUAACAUAACUGCAAACCCCCGUCACGUUCAGAUCCUGGAGUUCUUCAGUCCACUUCCCUAACUAAUUCCUUUUAAGUUUUUGCCCUUUUUGAAAUCAAGGACCCUAGUCACUGAUCUAUUUUUGAUAAUUCAGUUUUAACUAAAUGGAAGGAUAAACUCACAUUCACUCAAACAAAGGUUGUACGCUACUACCAAUUCUUUUGAGGUCCUUGCUACUUACCAAUACCAAAUCUAAAAUGGCAUCACGUCUUGUAGGUUAGUAACUAUAUGGUGAAUAACUCUGUCAGCUAUCCCAUCCAGGAAUAGCUGGGGCCUACCAUUAUAAGUAGCAUUUACCCCCCAAUCUAUAUCUGGGCAAUUAAAGUCUCCCAUAAUCACACAAUUCCUAGUAAUAUUUAUUUAAUUAAAAAUAUUAGAGGUCUCUAUCCAAAUCCGACCCUGGGGGUCUGUAGCAGACCAAAUCUAAAUACAGUUGGAAUACACAAGGGUGUAACUAGCUGAUGCUGUGCAAUUUAGAAGAUGGACUGCUUCAAAAACAACUUGCCUAACCUUUAAUAAUCUAAGGUUGUGACAAUAAAGCUAAACAUUAAUUAUGUAUUUCACUGAAAUUAUUGAAACAAGUGGAAACCGAUUGGUCUAGUUUUGUCAUCCCCCACUUUCUGAUUAUCAGUCACUAGCAUAAUGCUCUUUGGCUUACCAACACUGCAGGGAAAUAUUUUAAUCUUCCUUCUUCACCGUGAAAGAAAUCUUGGAGUCAUUGUGGAUAGUUCUCUGAAAACAUCCACUCAAUGUGCAGCGGCAGUCAAAGCUAACAAUGUUGGGAAUCAUUAAGAAAGGGAUAGAUAAUAAGACAGAAAAUAUCAUAUUGCCUCUGUAGAAAUCCAUGGUAUGCCCACAUCUUGAAUACUGCGUACAGAUGUGGACGCCCCAUCUCAAAAAAGAUAUAUUGAAACUGGAAAAGGUUCAGAAAAGGGCAACAAAAAUGAUUAGGGGUAUGGAAUGGCCGCCAUAUAAGGCGAGAUUAACAAGACUGGGACUUUUCAGCUUCGAAAAGAGACCACUAAGGGGGACGUCUAUGAUAGACGUCUAUAAAAUCAUGACUGGUGUGAGAUAGUAAAUAAGGAAGUGUUAUUUACUCCUCAUAAUACAAGAACUAGGGGUCACCAAAUGAAAUUAAUAGGCAGCUGGUUUAAAACAGAAGUAUUUUUCACACAACUCAGUCAACCUGUGGAGCUCCUUGCCAGAGGACAUUGAAGGCCAAGUCUAUAACGGGGUUAAAAAAAAAAAAACCCUCCAUGAACUUAUCUAGGUUAUGUCCAUCAAGACUAUUAGCAAGAUGGUCAGGGAUGGUGUCCCUAGCCUCUGUUUGCCAGAAGCUGGGAAUGGGCGACAGGGGAUGGAUCACUUGAUGAUUACCUGUUCUGUUCAUUCCCUCUGAAGCACCUGGCAUUGGCUACUGUCGGAAGACAGGGUACUGGGCUAGAUGGACCUUUGGUCUGACCCAAUAUGGCUGUUCUUAUGCAAUCCUCUGUUUUCACUGAAGUUGUACUAAAACGUUGCUUUUUUUUAUUAGAUUUUUCUAAAAUGUAUGGGAGAAAAGGAAUAGAUUUAGUAGGCAAAGCAAUGUUGUUUACAGUGCUCAAUGUUUUAUCUCCCAUGCACAGAUACUGGGCAAACUUGAAACUUUGGUUCAAGCAAAAGAUCAGUAAAGAAGAGUUUGAUCUGGAAGCUCGCAGACUCCUCACUCAAGAUAAUGUCCAUUCUCACAAUGAUUUCCUCCUGGCUAUUCUCACUCGAUGCCAAAUCCUGGUUUCUGCACCAGAGGGUCCUGGGCCUCUGCCGUGGACGGGUGGUUCUGCAACCAAACCUGGAAAACCCAAAGGAAAGAAAAAGUUUUCUUCGGUUCGGCAGAAGUUUGAUCACCGAUUCCAGCCUCAGAAUCCAUUGUCUGGCGCCCAGCAGUUUGUGGCAAAGGAUCCUCAAGAAGAUGAUGAUUUGAAGCUGUGUUCCCAUACAAUGAUGCUUCCCACGCGGGGCCAGCUAGAAGGAAGGAUGAUAGUCACUGCAUAUGAGCACGGGCUGGACAAUGUCACCGAAGAGGCAGUGACGGCUAUUGUCUAUGCUGUGCAGAAUCACCUUAAGGAUAUCCUGGCAUCUGUAGUAUCCAGGAGGAAAGCCUAUCGCCUGAGAGAUGGUCAUUUCAAAUACGCCUUCGGAAGCAAUGUUAACCCACAGCCUUACCUGAAGAACAGUGUUGUUGCCUAUAAUAAUCUAAUUGAAUGUCCUCCUACCUGCGUGGCACCUUCUGCGGGUCAGAAUCUAGCCUCCCACCCCGCUCCUGACGAUGCUGAACAGCAGGCGGCUCUCCUCUUAGCAUGUUCCGGGAAUACUUUACCAGCUACUCUCCCUCCCGUGAACAUGUAUGACCUUUUUGAGGCAUUACAGGUGCACAGAGAAGUUGUUCCAGCACACACCGUCUACGCUCUAAACAUUGAGAGAAUAAUCAUGAAACUUUGGCAUCCAAACCACGAGGAGCUGCAGCAAGACAAAAUCCAUCGCCAGCGCUUGGCAGCAAAGGAAGGGCUGCUGCUAUGCUAAAGUGAGAAUGGCCGGCAUUGAGGCGGGCUGUCAUUUUGUGAACUCGGUAGCGGGGUCUCCUCAGCUUUGCCGUUAUGAAAACAGUGUCGAAUCUUGCAUCAUCGUGUCAGCAUUUCAAGGCAGAAAUGUGUAAUAUGUGUAACCUUUUCCUAUGGAAAUGUGACCCAAGGGUAGUACAUCUUGUUUGCUAUUGUGAAGCCGUAGAGUCAACCCAACUCUGGAUUACUCUGACUGCUUGGGGCUGCACUGCUCCAACUGCAUUUGAAAAGGAAUGGAAGUUAGACUGUGUCCUGUGUAGGGAAAAAUGUGAGUGGCAGGGGGAGAAGGAACUAUUUAGUUUUAACUAUUUAGUUUUGUUUAGUAGGUGUGAUGGAUCUGUGCUGGCAAACAGUCUACUGCCAUAAAGGGCCUGACAGAGUGCAUGACUAUUUAUCACGCUUGCCAGUGACUGUCCGGGUUGCAGCCUGAACCACUGUGCUUAAAAUCCAGGUGAAGAAACAUGCCUGUGGCAAAGUACCUUUCCUUUGGUGUAACUAGGACUUCCCUGUGAAGGGGAGAGGUCUGCUCCUCACUGCCAGAAUGGUUGUCAUGCGUUCUCCCUCUCUGCGCCCCGUCAGUGUCACCAGGGAGAACCCAGAUCCUGCCAUUGUCCGGUGGCGGGGGAGGCUCAGACCACAGAAAGAGUUGGAAGGAGUAUGGGAUGUUGCACUUGUCAAAGGGGCAGAUCCAAAGCCCAUUGAUCUCCCUGGGUUUUGGGGCAGGCCCAAAGUGCAAGUGCCCUGCUGUGGCAGGUAUUCGUAUUGGAAAAGGCUGUGUUCUGAGAGUGCCUGUGGUGUAAUCACACUAGUAUAUAGCUUACCAAAGUAUGUUCAGAGCAUGUAUGAAGUUGGAAAAGCAGUGUCUCUUAGUACCCAGGGCUUGAUCCAGCUCUCCAUGAGCUCAGUGCGAGUCUUUCUCCUGAUUUCAUUGGGAGCUGGAUUGGAGUUCUGGGGAGUCAAGACACCCAAGUGAAGAUGAGUAUAUUGCCCACGUGGACCCUCCAUUUAUACCCUGGCAUCCUCCACUUCUGGAUCUGGAGUAUGAGAUUGUGACACACAAAUUAAAGGGCCUAUGAUUUCUAUGCUGAGAGAGGAAAGCUGUUUAAAACACACUGAAAUAUAGAGCCAAUCUUUCAAACUGGUGGUUAGGCUGGACUGUGUUUGGGGCUGUAGCCCAGUAUACCCAAAUCAGUGCUGUUUUACCUAUUCAGAAAACUGGACUAUGGCAGCUUCCUGUAAUGCGGUGCUAGGAGGGGAGACUGAGGGGAUGUCUACACUGGAACUGGAAUGUGUCAUUUCUAGCUAGAGGAAACAUCCCUGCACCAAUGCACUAAAAACAGAAGUCACACCGCCCCAAGUAUGUACCUAGCAUUUCCGGUGGGAUUGUACUCAGGGUGGCUAGCCACUUAUACUGUGGCGGCUACACUUCUGUGUCUAGUGUGCUAACUCUGAGCUAGAGCAGGUAUGUCUGCUCAAACUGGAAAUUACACCUCCAGCUCCCCUGUAGACAUACCUUAAAGGGCUCCCUGUACCCACUCCUUUCCCCCUCCUCAGAAUAUGCUUGUACUGGGGCAGCUAUAAUUUAAAAAAAAAAAAAAUUGUUUCACUAGAGUACUCAAAACACAGAGCCAGUCUCCAUCUCUCCUCUGGCUGCCUUCCCUAUAAUUGGUGAGGGGCUCAGAUCCCUCACAUCCAAUCCCUGACCUAUUAGUUUGCCUAUGCUCCAGGGAAUCCCCUUAACAAACAAUAGGUUCUGGUUCUGGAGGAUCACUAAUGUAACAAGAUGGCUCCCCGUUGGUUGGUACUUCCUGUUUUUCUGAAGCUUCCCGGGGGAAGGGGGCGUGGAAGUGUACUACGUACCAUGGUGUGAGGGGUAGCAAGGGUGGAGACUGCAGUUUAUAUCCAGUGGCUCAGGAUGAGAAGGACCCUAGUGAGUUAUGAAGCCAAUUCCAGGAGAUGGUGGUGGAGGAAGAAGCAGCAUGAGGGACCUGGUAAAGCACGUGGUCACUAGUAGCAAGGACCUUGCAGUAGCAGCUCCCAGCCUCCUAAAGCUUAGCUGUUUCUGAGCAUAUGUGGAAUCUGGGAGAGGACACAGAUUCUCCCUCCCCCCCUCUUCCCAACACCCAUUUUUUCUUACUUCAGGUAUAUGUAGCAGAAUGAGCCUUAAACCCCACCAGUUUGAAAUCCACUAGUUUUAGAAGGCAAUUCUUAAAACCAAGACUGAACUAUAAAACUUACAAUAUAUACUAGUGAGAUCAGCAGGGCACCUGAAGUACUACUGGCUUUGGGGUGGGGGUGGGGGAUUUCCCAGCUAGUCAUAAUGCUUUGAUAUGGAAUGAAAACAUUAAGUGUGUUUGCUAGAAAUUUAAAUAAGCAGCCUCUAAAGUGUCAUACAUUUUUAAAUAAAAUGCCUUAGUGCUGAAAUGAAA